AUGAUUGGGUUUUACAAGCCAAAGACGUAUCGGAGCACAAAGGGGUGCUGCAUCUGUAAAACCAAAUCCUCUAGCUCUCGCUUCACCGACAGCAAACGAUAUGAAGGGGACUUCAUCAACUGUUUUGGGUUACAUGAGAGCCGCUCCGGCGAUAUCUGCAAUGCAUGUGUCCUGCUGGUGAAAAGGUGGAAGAAACUUCCUUUUGGCUCCAACAAGAACUGGAAUCACGUAGUGGAUGCUCGUGGAGGUCACAACUUAAAAGCUUUGAAGAUGAAACCAAGAAAGAUAAAAUCCCUCGCUUCUCGGAGAAAGAAGAAUGAAAAGGCAGCAAAUCUAAAGAAGAAAACUACAGGUCACUUUUCUGAUGCUCAGAGCUCUUCAAGUAUGUCCCCAGCAUAUUCCACGACCUGCAGCAAUCCUUCCGAUACGGACACUGAUACUGAAGUCAGAUCUGCCCCCAAGAGAAGCUCAUUCUUCUCCUGCCUCGAUCCCACCUAUUGGACAAGACAGAAGGUGUGCUGUGGCAUUGUUUAUGAAGGCCUUCAUGGAGAGAUUAUUAUUGACGCUAAACUUUUCAAUCCGUGUUGCCGCAAGAAAACUGAAAAUUCUCAACCAGAAGCACAACUCGCCCAAGCAACGAGACCAACAUUAUAGUGACCAUCUCCCAGAUCUAAGGCAAAGGGUUCUCCCUUUCCUGCUGCCAAAGAACUCUUAAUAAUUUGGUGCUUGAGAAAUCCACAACUUUUUUUUUUUUAAUGUGUAUAUAAACUCUGCCAGUUUUUUUUAUAUUGUAAAUAGGAAUUUAUUUAACAUGACACAGCAGUCCGGUGCUAUAUUGUUACCUUUUUUACGCCUCAAGUAGAGAAGCUUUGGCACCUGAAUUGUACAUAAGAUAUGUGUAGUAUAUAUUUAACAUGUGAAUAUGUAUCCCCUUCGUGCAUCACUUAUACGUUGUACAAAGAAAGAUAAUCAAGUACGUAUACUGUAUUACUAGAAUGGUCCUGAUGGGCACAUUUCCUGUGGUCUAAUUGUCUAAUCU